CUACACUAUGGGCCAGUUAAGGAUGAGAGAAGAACGAGGGACUUGUCUCUUCAUCCCCUGUAUUUAUCGUGCUAUCGUAUGGCAGCGUGUGUUCCAGAUAGUGUAUAUUCCAGUAUUCCGAACGUAAAGUUUACGUAUUCGUACGUAACAAUAUAUAAUGUGUCUUUUUUGCCAGUUUUCAUAAAGAAAAAGAAAUUUUCUUGGAUUGUACAUAUUUUAUGUCAAAUGCUGGGAUACACGUGAAUUCUUUAGCUGGCCUUUCCGCAAGUUUUAUAUAACUGAAUGACAAUGGUAAUAGGUCCUAUCGAAGGGAUGCAAGCUGAUAUUAUAUUUGUCAUUGAGGGAACGGCUGUUAACGGUGCAUACCUUAAUGACCUUAAAACAAGUUAUAUUAUACCAACAUUAGAGUAUUUUAGUCAAGGUGUCAUAGAGGAUAGAGAAUAUGUGUCUGAGAAUGGUGCAACAUUAUAUGGAAUAGUUGUUUAUCAUGCUGCUGAUUGCCUGCCAGCGCCUUGCACAGAGACUUUUGGACCUUAUUCAAAUCCUCAUAAGCUAUUAAUGAUGAUGGAUAAGCUUGAAAUGGUUGGUGGGAAAGGAGAGUCCUAUGCAAAUAUAGGCGAAGGUCUCGCAACAGGGUUACAGUGUUUCGAAGAUUUGCAGUUGAAACGAGAACACAAGACAGCAUCUCAGAAACAUUGCAUCUUAAUAUGUAAUUCACCUCCGUAUCAAAUUAUGAUUCAAGAAACUUACGAGUUCGCCGGCCACACUAUCGAACAAUUGGCUGUCAUUUACCAAGAGAGGAACAUUAAUAUUUCUAUAUUAUCACCAAGGAAAAUCCCAGCAUUAUAUAAGUUGUUCGAGAAAGCCGGUGGUGAUUUGCAGUCGUCGCAAACGAAGAAUUACGCCAAGGAUCCGCGACAUUUGGUGCUACUGCGUAACUACAACCUAAAGGAACGUCCUGUCAGCCCUGCGAUUGCCGGUAACGUUCACAAUACGGCCGCUACCACCAUUAGCCAAAUCCCUUUGAGCCCGUUACAGAGCAACGAUAGCCCGAACACAAACCAAGUGCAGCAAAACAUCGCACCGCCGAGCCAACCUGCGCAGGGUCCUCCUUUCAGAAAUCAAGCGCCUCAGAACAUCGCUUCCGUCAACCAUCAAACCGUGACGCCGGCCAUGGCGGCUCCGAUGGCGAACGUCGCGCGACCGCCUUACAAUCCGCAAAUAGCCGCCCUGCCGAAUUAUCAUCCGACCGGAUUGGGCCCGAGGGCGACGCACACCAGAUGGAUACGACCUUUCAUAACGCCUGCCGCUACCGCACCUACAAAUACGCAGAACAGCAGCGCGUUAAUAGCGCAACUGACACAGCCGCCCUCGUUAGGGCUCAACGUGGCUACGUUCGGCCAAAGAUUAGAUGGCAAUAAUGUUGUAAUGGCGCCUAAUCCGCAACAACAACAGCAACAGCUUACGCAGCAGCAGCAACAACAACAGCUGCGAUUAACGAUGCAAAUACAGCAACAGAACGCUCAGCAAGCCGCAAUGUCCAUGGCUCAAUCGGCUCACAAUCAGCCGCAGCUUACGGUAUCCUCGAUGAGCCAGUCAGUGCCUACGCAAGUGCCGCAAACUGUCGCAGCUCCUCCACAACAAGCGCCGGUCUCAGUUACGUCCUCCGUUACGCAACAACAGAUCGCUCCACCUCAGACACAGGGCAAUGUGUCCGCUGGCGCUGCGCAGGGUCAACAGCUCAUGUCACGCGAGCGUCAGAACAUCUGGCAAGGUAUUAUAGAAUGGCUGGAAAAGGCCAAGAAUCCUAACGACACGCAGAAACACACGAGACACGUGCCGUGUCAGGUGUCGACUAAUUAUAAACCCGGAGAGCCGGAAUUGAAAACGGACACGUGGCCGUCAAAAUUGAUAAUGCAACUGAUGCCGAAACAAUUAAUUGGGAGUAUCGGCGGUACCUACAUAAAGAAUUCCAAGUCCGUUAUUUUCCAUCCCACGCCAUGCGAGGCGUUAGAAUCCCUAACAAAAAUGAUGACCGCCGGAUUUGCUGGUUGCGUCCAUUUCUCGACGACUCCGCAAAGUCCACCUUGCGAGAUAAAAGUGCUGAUACUCUUGUAUACAGCCGAGAAGAAAUCGUACUUGGGUUUUAUACCGAAUGAUCAGGGUGCUUUUGUGGAACGGCUGCGUAAAGUGAUACAACAGCAGAAAUCGUCCCAUGCUACUCUGAGACAGGCGCAGGCCAAUCCUGGACCGGGGAACACGAUUCCAACGCCUAUGUCUACCACAGGUUCGCAGGGAGGUAUUCUUAUGUCUCAAACGAACACCACGGCGAUGGGCGGUGCCCAGAUAACGCAGAGCGUUGUGUCCAGCAGCGUCCCUCAGAUGAAUAUGCAGAACAGUGGUAUUAGUGGACCACAGACGAACGUCGGUGCCGGAGGUAUGAUCGCCCAGCAACGGCCUCAGCUCGUUGACGAUCUCGAGAUCGCCAGGCAUCAGAAUCUGUUGAAGAUUCAACAUUUGAGGCAGACGUUGGAGGCCGCUCAACAGCAAGAGGCGGAGUACAAGUCGCAGUUGGAAGUGAAUACUCAACAAAAUCUGGAGGUGGCGCAGCAACAAGAAAUGCAGUACAAGCAGCAGCUCGAGGCGCAACAGGCACAGAGAAGCCUCGGUUCGGCCGCUAAUAUGCCUAACCAACAGGCGAACGCUCAAAGACUGAUGCGUCCCGUUCCCACCAACAAUAUUGGCCUCAGACAUUUAUUGCAACAGCCACAACCUCAGUAUAGGCAACAGGUGUUCGGGAUGCAGCAGCAAAUGGUCGGUCCAAGGGGACAGAUGGCAACGAGGCCAAUGGCACCGACUAAUGCGCAGAAUCAACAGUUCGAGGAUGUGCCAAAUUAUAACUUCAUGAGUUAAGGUUUGCUGGUAAAUGUUUUGUUUGUUUUUUAUUGUACCGUUUUUCACUUUCGAAUAGAAAAUGGCGUGAAAAUUUAUCUACGCGACUCAAGACGCCGAUUCUCGGCCUAUGGGGGAGAAUUUCUAUUUUAUCUGAAAAUCAGUUUGUAUGUGUGUGCGUGUGUGUGUGUUGGAUCCAAAUUGGAUUUCCUAUCGCUUGUUGAGAUUUCUUAAAAAUUAUGUCGUGUAGGAAGACGCGAUACAAGUCUUGUGUGUUGUGUGUUUUUUUAUCAUUUUAAAAUAUAAGUUUCGAGCGACUCGAGUGAAAUCCGGAAUCCAACUGAGACGUGACGUAUAUAUAGUAUCUUGACACACUGUUUUCAAUAGUGUCCUGUUGUUUACACGCAGUUUGCGCAACAUAUCGUUAUAUCAACGUAAUCAUGUUGAACUCGAAAUGUGAGAAGCACAUUUAAAUAGCAACAUUGUACAUAGCAAAAUACUUGUAUACAAAACUUGCAGAGGUGUUAAGAAAGCUCUAUGAGUUAUCGUACACAGUGUGGAUGCAGCAUGUGAAAAACUGUGUACCAAGCUUGUAACAUUGCGACUGUAACUUUUAUUUAUUAAUUCUUACUUUGUACAUUAACAAAGCACAGAGGCGAGAAUUGUUAUCUAAUCUUACACGCUAUUUUAUACCCUAAGGAAGACACAAAUCGUGUAAAGCAAUCAAAGUGAAAUUCCUACAGUAUACCUUUUCUCUGUAAUAGCUAUAUACAUUACAUAGUAAUUUGGAAAAGUGAAUGUGAAAGGACGGUUCCGGAUAUCAAUUUAUCCGAAAGAGUUUGUAUAUAUCUUACAUAUCUAUAAAUUCAAAAUUUACACAGAUAUAAUUUUGAUAAGUUCAGACUUGAACAUGGAUAAAUAAUACAAAUGAAAUUGACAAUAUUUGAGAAAUGUUCUCGAUUGGCAAAUUUGAAAAUGACAUUGACAUGAGAGAGACCUUUUUUUGCAUACUUAACACAAUUACGAAUCAAUGAUCGAACUUAUCAGAAUAGUACCUGUUUUAAUUUCUAUCAUAAAGAAAUAUUUCACUAUUCUUGCUCUAAUAUAUAUAUAUAAUUAUUUUUCCAUUU